AUGCCAUUCACUCCCACCCUCCGCCGCGCUGCGGCUCAGGCCUCUGCCUUCGCGCCCAAGUACUACACCCCCCGUAAUGUUAACGGUCUGGGCUUCGGUGAUGCCUUCCGGAUCGGCACCCUGGCCGGUAGCUUCGGUGUUGCCGCCGGUACCUUCGCGCUUUUCUUCUUCGGCGAGAUCCCCCGUGUGCGCAAGGAUAUCCUGCAGAAGGUGCCCUUCCUCGACACGUACUUUGACCGCACCAUUGCCCCCGAGGACAACCCCUUCUAA